UCAUAGAGUUUCAGAUAGCGCCGUCUCUACUACUCAAGUAAGCAGCAGCGGAAGAAUUGUUAGCCGAAGUUAACGGAAACGGUGAAAGAAUCGGUUCUUUUCUAAGUUUGAAUUCACCACACCUUGUGUUGUUGUUGUUGUUGUUCUGUUUCCCUAUUCUCUCUAACAAUGCCAACGAGGUUUCCCAGGAGGAGCAUCCUUUUCUCAAUCCCCACGAAGAUUCUUCCCCCUUUCCCGCAACGCUACUCAAACCUCGUCCUUCCCACCGACCCACCACCACCAACCCCUGCCCUUGACAAUUUUCCCGGGAAAAUCGCUUCAAGCUUCAAUUUUCCCGAGACAAUCGCCCCCGAACCCUCUUGGGUCGUUCCGUCACAAGAUGAGGUCUUGGACACCCUCUUGCGGCACAAGGGGGACCCCGCAUCGGCGUUGAGGUUCUUCAAAGGCAUAGAGAGACAACGAGUGUUCGUGAAAACCGCUGAUGUUUUAUGCUUGUUGCUUCAGAUCCUUGCCUCGUGCCCCAACACUCACGGAGAUGCCAAGUAUUUGCUCAAUAGCUAUGUCUUUGGAGAUUCAGCCCCUGUUGCGAAGGUUCUGGUGGAAAUGUUAGUGGAGUGUGCGGGAAGGUAAAGGCAUUCCUUAGAGGCGAGCCUCUACCCUUUACUGCUGGUAAGCUUGAAGGGAUUGCAGCUGUUGUAAAUGAGAAUGUUAGAACAGUGAGGAAACUCAGCAGCAUUAGUCUUCGGUAUUGGAUUUUGGAAUAUUACGAAGACAACCUAAAGAGAGAACAUAUCGUGCAUUGGUCCUUAAAUUUAUGAAGGAUCGAAUUGCAGCACUAUUGUUGGUUGAGGUUGGGUUUCAAGCUUCUGCCUGGAUCUCUGUUGGAACGCAGAUAGGGGAUGAAGUAAUAGGUAAGGUGGUAGAAGCACAUCCACGUGAUGAUAUAAUUUUUCUGAAGGAGGUAGUAAAAGAGUGAGCUAAGGUACGAUUUUGAAUAGAGUUUUUCAAUAUUCAACGAUUUAUUCCAAAGGGUAAAUCAUCUCUCUGCAUCCCUAGCCUUCAAAGCUUGGCUGCUUGUACGAAGAGAGUUCACACUUCACUGUCAGAAUCACAUCAUUUGAAACUUUGUUAAGAUGUUCAAAUCCUGAUGUGUCAUUUCUGGCAGAGAAAUUUAAGGAAGUUAGGCAAGUGUCUAUAUGGCCUUGCAUGUUACACGGCCCUGCCAAGUUGCCAUAUUUGUGAAUCCAAUAUUC